GGCGCAGUGAUGCAAGUGCGUGUAAGGAGACGUGAGGACGCACGCAUGCGAAAGAGAAAGCGUAUAACUGCUAGUGGGCUGCUUUUAGAUUCUGAAAAUCACGUCAUAUUUUGCUUCCAUUGGGUUGGUCUCCUGAGCUUUUAAGCACCAUGCAGCGGAGGUCAAGAGGAAUUCAUCAAGGCCUGCUUUUACUUUUUUUUCAAAUCAUGCAGGUUGGGAUCACCAAUAUCCCCCCUGUCACUCUGGCAUGUUUAGGCCUCAACAUCUGGCUUUUCCUCAACCCCCUGAAGCCUUCCUAUGGGCUCUGCCUAAGUGUGGAAUCGUGUUAUGAGAAAAAAGAUUGGCAGCGCCUGCUGCUUUCUCCUUUCCACCAUGGAGAUGACUGGCAUUUGUAUUUCAACAUGGUGUCCAUGCUAUGGAAAGGACUAACACUGGAAAGAAGACUGGGAAGUAUUUGGUUUGCCUACCUUAUCGCGGUCUUCUCCUUGCUCACUGGUGUGGUAUACUUGGCAUUGGAAUAUACUGUUGCGGAACUUCUAGAUCAACCUGCCUUCAAGUUAUAUUGUGCUAUCGGUUUCUCAGGAGUCCUGUUUGCCUUGAAGGUUCUAAACAACAGUUAUAACCCCGGAGGACACACAAAUGUUAUGGGCAUGUACAUACCCAACAAGUAUGCCUGUUGGGUAGAACUGGUGAUUAUUCAUUUGCUCUCCUCAAACGCUUCCUUUGCUGGGCAUCUGGCUGGGAUUAUCGUCGGACUGGUGUACACUCUGGGGCCUCUGAAGAGGAUCAUGGAAGCAUGUGCAGGCAUAUUUUCCUUCAAUACCCAUUACCCAAGAGAGCAAUAUUACUUUAAUGAUGCAGGCUAUAGCAGAUAUCAAGAGGACAUAUUCGACAGACAGCCUUACCAAGAAGUCCCAAGGAACUAUGACAUCUAUACCGCAGGGCUUACCGAAGAGGAACAGCUGGAAAGAGCUCUCAGAAACAGCCUCCGUGACCGAGUUGGAGUUAACAGUGGUCCCCCACCCUAUGGAUUCAGUCUUCCUCCAGAAGAUGAAAUGAGAACGCAAAGACUCAAGAGAUUUGACCGUCGCUGAAAUUACCCAGCAUCUUGUGAAUCAUCGGUCCAGUUUCCCAAGUGUUAACCACCAGAUUCAUUCCAGAAGCCUCCGGUUUGCUCUGAGGAAAACCAAAGCACUCUCCUUGAAGCACUCCUCCAACCUGAGUGACUCAUUCAACAGACCUCGCAAGUUGGGAGUCACGUGCCCCACUGGCAAUUUUGUGGAAAGGGCCUCCCCUGUGACAAGAGCACCACCUUUCCUGUUGGAUGUCCCCACGGCCACCGUGGAAGGCUCUUGGAGUUUGGGACCUUCCAUGCCAAAUUUUGUUUUCUCCCAUUCAGGAAGACCAUUGCCUCAUUCUGGAUGGUGGAUCUGCUCUUAGAAGUGGCCAGACGUGUGGCUCCCUCCUCAUCUUCCCGAUAGGCCACCUUAGUGACUCUGGUGGAACUUCCUUGACUGCACACCUCACGUUCUCUCCAGGCGUCUUUGGGUGGGUGUGAUGUUCACAUUUUAGUUCCUUUGUGUGUGUGUUGCUAUUGUUUAAACAACACAUUUCAUUGAAAAGAUCUCAGGAAGAACUUGGGGACAGAGAUACACAUUUUAACCAUUAUGAGACACCAGCAUUUUGUAUCUGUCAGCUUUGCCUCAAGUAUAUAAAUCUGUGUAAGUUAUCUGACUGCCCUCAGGGAACUCGGAGUUGAAAAUUCCUUUCUAGAGCAAGUGAUAUCUUGUAAAAUUAAAAGACUCCCGAUUUGGUCACCAAAACAAGCUCCAUAUUCAGUUGUCUUGACUCGACGCCCCCAGCAGCUAUCUGUCAGUUAGCGUCAUCACCAUUUUUAAGCUGCCCUUGUGCUAAUGCCAUCAGCUGCCUCAAAGACAAAGUCAGAGUAGCACUGAUGUGUUCUUAGAGUUGGUCUUAGUAAAAGUUGGAAGCAGGUAUCUCCAAAGAGAAUUUUCCCAAUUUGGUUUUAAUCAUGGGUUCUCAAGACUAGACACACUGAAGAAGUAAUUGCCAAUUAGUGUGAUGUAUGUGCCCCAGGAGUACCUGACUGUGAUGGUAAGAGGUAAGGAGGCAUGGUAGAUGUCCAGUAGGGCUUGGAGACAGGAAGACCGGGGAUUGAAUCCUGCCUGUGAUCCUCUUAGAUUUCAGUAGGAUGAAUGCUCCCACUGUGGAACGUAAGCUCCUGGAGGGCAAAAACUGUCUUUUUUUUUUUUACUUUUCAUCCCUCAGUGCCUUCCACGGUGCCUGGCACAUAGUUGGUUUUUAACAAAUGUUUGUUAAACGAACGAAUGAUAUCAAGUAGACGUAUGAACAUGGACAACUCACUGACCCCCUCUAACUCGUUUCCAUUUCUGUAAAAUGGCAAUACCUUUAGUAACUACCUCACAGGGCUGUUGUGAGGUUAAAAUGAUGCUUAUAAAGCAUUUUGUAAGCCUUACCGUACUAUUUAGAUUUCUAUUAUUAUUCUAAUCUCUGACAGAUCAAUAGAUGAUCCGUUGAGCUCCUUUAUCAUAUAUAUGUACAUUUGUAUGCGUGCAUAUUUGCUCACAAUAUUAGUUAUGUUGUGCCUUAGUCAGCUUCAUAUAAUCUUUUCAGCUGAGAAAAGGAGUCUAAUCACUGUGUUGCAGAAUUGGGGGAUGAAUGACUGCUUCUUUCCUUCCACUGAAAAUAUUUGUUGUUUAACACAGUAACGUUACUAAUGGACAAGGAUGCAAGGCCAGAAUUUUUGAAAAUAAGAAAUGUAGCAUUGGAGGGGAAUGCCUCACUGGGGAAGCAGAGGAUAACCAAUCACCAAGAUCACCUCUUCUCCCCAAAUGAAAACAAGUGUAGGACAACAAUGUUGACCACCAUGAUGUGCUUUGUUUUGACCUUCUCAAGGAAGCCAUCUUUUAAAAAUCAUUGUAGCUAUUUUGUUAAACCAGAAGGCCUUUCUCGUGCUAAGGCAUAUGAUUUUUUUAUAUUCUUUUGUUCCCCCCGGAACUCUGGGUUAGGAGAGAAUGUGUGGCCAGCACUAUGAUGUGGGCACCAUGGGAGCCUUAGAAGAUUAACUUUCCCAACAUGGCAGCCCCACAGACUUGGUCCAUUAUUUGGAGGUGGUAUUUGAGUUCUGUCUGAUUCCUACGCUGUUGUUUAGUAGUUCCAUUUUGACUUGGAGUCCCUCUAAUUGCACCUGCUUUUACUUCUGUUUUCCUUGGGAUUUUAGAACUAGUUUUACAAUGGCAAUAUUUACUUAUAAUGACUUGGAGUAUUCCACGUGCAACCAAGGCCAAAGGGAUAUAUGCACCUUUUUUAUUCUUUUUUUUUCUUUCUCAACAGUGGCUCCUCUUUUUGAACACAGGCUGGUGCUGGCACCAUGCUAAGUAGUCUGUGACCAAAGGUGGAUGUUUCUGUGUUGGUCAGUGGCAUUUCUUGUGUUUGUUUCCAGCAUCCACCAAAGCAAGUGCCUUGAGGGUUAAUAGCAUAACCCCAGCAGAUCAACAAAGAGGUUAUCAUAGGCUUGGCCUUUCUGCCCCUACUCUUGGUUUCCUGGGAGAGCUUUUUAAAUAUUAUAGGAAAGGUUAGCCAGUACUUUCGAUUUAGGCCCUGAAUAUGCUGCCUUUGCAAUGGCCUUCGUAGUCAUCCUUUCCUUUCCGUGCCAUCACUCAGGUCAAGCCUUAUAACUCACACCUGGACUAUCGAAGUCCCAUGCUCCCCUCCCCCAUUGUUCUCCUUUUUCAUCCUAGAACAUUGCCCAUCAUGUCACUGUGCUGCCCUCAAAACCUUAACAACUUCCCAUUAUUUGGAAAGACAGGUCAGGGCCGGAUUGUAUUUGACUGAGAAGCCUGGACUUUCUCCUAGAGAAUGUAUAUGCAUAUACACACAUAUACAUUUCAUACACACACACACACACACACCCUAUCUAAUUCAUUCUCCAUUGAAUGGGACAUGAGCACACUCCACUCCUUCUCCACCUUCUCCGUCCCCCCUCUCGGCUUUCUUUUUAUACUGUUCAUUCCAGUUAGUCUGUCCUCUCCUUUCCUCAAUAUGUAUUGAUAUCAUAAUUGUUCUUUGAAGUCCAGCUCAGCCUCACCCUUUACACCUUCUACCUACCUACCACCCACAGUGCACUCUCCCUUCCCUAACCCCACAUCAAACGUUUUUUAAAAAGCCUAUAUUAUUCACUUGACACUUGUCAUACAUGGCCUUAUAGCACUGAUUUCCUAUGUUGCUGUGCCCUGUCUCCCUGUCUAGAUUGUAAGCUCCUUGAGGGCAGGGACUGUCUUAGACUUCCUUUUGUCCUCCAGCGUGCAGCCAAUAGAGGUUCAUUAAAUGUCUGUGAAUAGAAACGAAAACACUUGGUUUUACAGUCACCAAAAGGAUGAAUAAAAGCAAGUGAACCCAGUU